AUGGAAAGUGGGCAAAAGAGUAGUGUUGGGUUCUUUCAGAUGCCUCUGCACUACCCAAGAUACACUCAGAAAGAUUACCAGAACAUGCCCGAGUGGAAGCUUGAUCGCCUUCUCAAGGAAUAUGGUUUGCCCACACAUGGUGAUUUGGCCUACAAAAGAGACUUUGCCAUUGGUGCUUUUCUUUGGCCUAACUCCUCCUUCACUCUUACCUCACAAUAA